UCUUUCGUCCCGCUGUCGUGAAUUUCAAAUGAAUCCAGCAGUAAUCGCAGACGUCGCGGAACGAAAUCAAAAGCCAUCGUCGUCGUAGUUUAGAUAAUUUGAGGAUUGCAAAUUAUUCGAAUCUGUGCUGCUAGCCGUGAGAAGGAGGAACAUUUUCCAGUUGGUUUGAGUGUGUCGAAUAACUUGAUUUGUGAGGACAGCAUUUUAAGUUCAAAUUGUCAUUAAAGAAAAGAGCGCGUCAUGAGUGGACCGAUUUUUGGUAGUAGCAGUGCCCUCGGAGGGAGUUCGGGUGGCAAUCGGCAUCUAGUGGAAUUCCGGGCCGGGCGGAUGAAUUUGGUCAACAAAAUGGUCCACCCAGACAACCGGAAGGGAUUGGUGUACGUCUACCAGGCGGAGGAUGGAUUGAUGCACUUUUGCUGGAAGGAUCGCACCACCGGAAAUAUAGAAGAUGAUCUGAUCGUUUUCCCUGACGAUUGCGAGUUCAAGAAGAUCGAAAACGUCAAGAACGGUCGGGUGUUCCUGUUGAAGUUCAAGAGUUCUAGUCGACGAUUAUUUUUCUGGAUGCAGGAACCGAAAACGGACAAAGACGAGGAGUGGUGCCGAAGGAUUAACGAGGUGAUCAACAAUCCGCCGUCCACCAACAGUCUGGGGGGAUCGGGCCGGGGAGGUGGCAGCGAUAACGGCGAUUUGCAGUAUCUGAUGCAGAACAUGUCCCAGCAACAGCUGAUGCAGUUGUUUGGCGGCGUUGGCCAAAUGGGUGGUCUGAGCAGUCUGCUCGGAUCGAUGAGUCGUUCUUCGUCCGGCAACUCCAGCAGCCGUACCAGUGCUACCACCCCGUCCAGCCGCAGCACCCUAUCAUCGAGCAAUGCGGGCAAUGGCAGCACAGCAGCCACCACACCAACAGCGGCCUCCAACUCGCCUUCAACUCCGCGUGCUCCCCGUAAGAAUGCUUCCGAUUCAUCCAAGACUACUACCACCGCAGCUGCAGCCGCCACGCCCAUCGGAGGUAAUGGCUCCGGAGAAGGAAUCGGUGCAGCCGCCGCAGGAGGCAACCGAGUCAGAUUGGCCGACCUGCAGAACUACCUGGCCGGAAUGAGCCCUGCCGCUGCCGGUGCCGGUCAAAGGCGCAAUGUCGAUCUUUCUACUACUGUGAACUCGGACUGCCUCGCAUCGGUCAUGACGGAUCAAGAGAAAGUAGAUGCCCUGAUCGAACACCUGCCCCAGAUCGAAGGCGAUGAAAACAAGAAACAGCAACUGAAGGAAACCCUAGCGUCGCCCCAGUUUCAGCAAGCCCUGUCUAUGUUCUCUAAUGCCCUGCAAUCCGGUCAACUGGGCCCUGUGGUCUCGCAGUUCAGGCUGAGCGAAGAAGCAGUGGCCGCGGCCAACAGCGGAGACCUGGAACAGUUUGUGAAGGCACUCGAGAAUGCCCACAAGAAGGCCACCAGCCCAGACGCCGAGAAGAGCAAAACAACUGCGGUGGAAAAGGCCGGCGACAGCAAGGAAGAAAAUGGAGCCUCUACCACGACCCAGGAAGCAGAUAAAAAGGAGGAUGACGAAAUGACCGGAUAGAUUUCGUGUUUCAACCAGUCCUCAAUGCUAUCAUCAACAGUUAAGGUUUUGAAAAUGGGGGUUCUUUUCAUUUUUUUCUAUAUUGCUAUGCAGAUACCACAAAUUUUGAAAAAUUAUUUUAGCGACCUACAUAUUUCCCUUUCAUAAGGAAUACAUCCCGGUUUGGGGUAUUCCUGACUCAUAAAAACUAUACUAGCUAACGAAACUGUUUGAGAGGAGCCCAGAAAAUUAGAGUAAAGAGGAGAGGUGCCAAUGAACCGUGGAAGCUAAAUAAACAAAAAUCGUUCUAAAAGGGAACUUAUUUUUUGCGUCUGUUUUUUUUCCUUAAAAAUACGAUUUUACCAAAUCAUCCGUAAUUUCAAUCCUUGAAGGGUGAACAUAGCGCAGUAAAAACUAUACCAACAAAUUACUUUUUUCUCCUAGAAGGUCUUGGCCGAAAGUGUAAACUACACCGCGUUUUUCUUCGGAACACUGAAGGAGAACAACAGAAAACUAAAAGAAGUUGCAUCAAGCAUAACAAAGCAUCAAUUGUAGUAGACUCUUGAUAAUUUAGAAAUACAAAAAAAAAAUAAAUGUUUCACUUAACUAUUUGAA